CCUCCACCACAUCACGCCCGCGCCCGCCCCGCAGCCGCGCCCGUCCUUCUCACCGCACACGAUGGCCCGGAUACCGCACGCCAUGCUGCCGCGCAGCAGCGCACCGCUGCGCCACGCCGUCGCACCCGCCCGGCGCACCUUCGCCACCUCGCGCAGCGCCCGCGUGCAGCGCCUCCUCUGGGCCGGCGCCGUGCUCGACCGCACCAGCGCCGCGCUCGCCGAGGUGCCGCGCGACUGGCUCCUCUCGCUCGGCGCACAGAGCGACGUCGAGCAGGGCAUCUCCUUCACCUCGCUCGCCGCCUCGCCCUCGCACGCGCUCCUGGCGUACCGCACGCUGCCCAGCAGCUCGGCGCCCACACACGACUCGUCGGCGCCGGCGCUCGGCGAGUACGCGGCCACGCGCGUGCCGCACGCGCGCCACCGCGUCGUCGCCGUCGGGCGCAACACGCACGGCGAGCUCGGUCUCGGCUACACCAGCCACGAGGCCACGUGGGGGCUCGUGUCGCCGGGCUUCGACGGCGAGGGCGGCGUGCGCGCCGUGCAUGCCGGCGGCAGCAGCAGCUGGAUCGUCACCAAGACGCACGCCGCCGAGCUCGCGCCCAACAGCCUCUUUGCGUUUGGCAACCACACGUCCGGCCAGCUGGCGCUCGGCCAGCACGUCACGCAGAGCGCCAGCGGCGAGCCGCAGCUGGCCCUCGUGUCGGCGCCGCGGCGUGCCUCGCUGCAGGCGACCGACGAGCGCCUGCAGCAUGCGGGCGAGGAGGCGGCGGCGCCGACUCGCGUGUUGAGCCUUGCGACGGGCCUCGACCACUCGCUGGCACUGCUGGACAUUGACGGGCGGCAGGAGGUGCGCAGCACUGGCGUCAACACCGACGGGCAGCUCGGGCGGCCCGACGUACGCUUCUCCUCUCCGGCAUUGCUGCCCCUCGCGCCCUUCUGGGGCGGCGACACGCUGCGCGGCGUCGCGGCGGGCGGCGACACGAGUGUGGCGUGGAGCGCCGCGCGGAUAUGGGGCUGGGGCAACUCGGAGUACGGUCAGGCGCUCAGCGGCGAGCUCGUCGACCGCAUCGAGGCGCCGAGGGAGUAUACGCACGCCGUGGACGCGGCGCUGCAGGGUGCGCGCGUGGCGGAUGUCAAGUGCGGCGGGAGCUGGACGCUCGUGCUCGACGACCAAGGACGAGUCUUCUCCUGCGGCUUUGGCGCCCUCGGUCUCGGUGCCGAGCGCCUCUCGAGCGCGACGCUGCAGCAGAUCCCCGCGCUCGCGCACGAGCGCAUCGUCACGCUCGGCGCCGGGCUCGAGUACUGCGCCGCGCUCUCGGCCAGCGGGCGGCUGUACAGCUGGGGCCUCAACUCGCCGUCUGGCCGUCUCGGGCUCGGGCCGCCGCUGCCGCGCCCGAGCUUCGCGCUCGCCUCGCGCUUCACGCCCGACGCCGUCGAGCUGCGCACGUAUGAGCCGCUCGAGGCGCAGGGCAUGCGGCGCGCGUGGAGCCGCGUGCCGCAGCACGCGCACAUCGUGUGUGGCCGCGAUGCGCUCUGGGUGCUCGUCGAGGAUGGGCAGGAGGAGGUGGGACGCUGGGCGGCGCGGUGAAAUCGCAGCACAGGUGCAGAAUCCUCCGAUCGGCCGUAACGCAGAGCGCCGAGGCUGUGCUACCGCAAACGUGUGC